UCCGCCUGGAUAAUCUGGUCGUUCUUGGAGUACUUUACGUCUGUAAAAUAAUAAAGAAAACAGUCCAGAUUGGCGAUCGAACGCUCAGCCCACCGUCCACCAUCAUGUCCAGUGGUGAAAGUGACGCCAGUGAACCAGCAAACGUAAGUGCUGCCCCGACGAUGAGCUCCCAGGAGACGGCCGCCGCGAGCGUAAUGCUGACCGAUUCCGAAAACACAAACAACGAGAACCGUGUCAUAGAGAUGGAAUCCAAUCCGAGCUCGGGGGACACCGAAGCGGAGACUGGCGCUACAUCGAGUGGAAUGGAACCGGCGGAAGCACCUGUGACCGUGAGUGAGCUCCCCGCAGAGCGAAAGGAUGAUGAGACGGGGCCGUCCAGGAACGAAGCUGCCGGCACGGCAGAUGUACCCACCGGGGAGAAGGAUCAGUAUGCGGAGCAUGUAACGUACAACGAGGCAGGUGAAGCCAUCUACACCGAUCCGGCCACAAAGUACCAGUACCGGUGGAGCAAGGAAAAAAGUGAAUGGGUUCCACGGGAGGAGUCGGGCAAGGCGGGUGAAACGCCCGCGGAUAAUCCGUACGAGAACGAACACUAUCGGUGGUGUCACGAGAAGAAGGAAUGGAUACCGAAGCAGCAAAAUGUGACCGAAACGGAGCACUACCGGUGGGACGAGAAGGCAGCGAAAUGGGUCCCGAAGGAGCAUCCAGCUGGGGCGGGGGAAGGUGAUGAUCGUAGCUACGGGUACGAGGACGGUGUGCACACGUACAAGGAUAAGGAUGGUGCGGUGUACUUUUGGGACGAAGAACGGAAAGCCUGGUUCCCCAAGGUGGAUGAUGAGUUUAUGGCCAUAUAUCAACUGAACUACGGGUUCAUCGACAAUACGUCCGGUGGAAGUGGACCGGCGGCGGCGGCACCUGCCCCUGCUCGGGUAGUGAGUGAACCGUCUGGUAGGGAAUUGCCCGGAUGCGACGAGGACGAUGACGCUGAUGAGCAGGGCGAGGAAGCGCAACGGGCAGUAGCAGCAGCAGCAUCAAAGGGCAAGAAACGGAAAGCUCCCCCGGAACCACCGAAAUGGUUCGAAAUCGCACCGGAGCAUAACACGAAGGUGUAUGUGUCGAACCUGCCGACGGACAUUAGCGAGGAAGAGUUCGGGGAGUUAAUGUCCAAGUGUGGCAUGGUGAUGAAGGACCCAAAGACGCACAAGCUGAAGCUGAAGCUGUACCGUGAGCCGGACGGAACGCUCAAGGGCGAUGGGCUGUGUCACUACAUUAAGAUCGAGUCCGUCGAUUUGGCGCUGAAAAUUCUCGACAACUACGAUGUGCGCGGCCACAAGAUCAAAGUGCAGCGGGCCGAGUUCCAGAUGCGGGGCGAAUACAACCCAACGCUCAAGCCAAAAAUGCGCAAAAAGGAGAAGGAGCGGCUGAAGAAGAUGCAGGAAUCGCUGUUUGACUGGCGCCCGGAAAAGAUGCGCGGCGAGCGGUCGAAGCACGAGCGUAUCGUCAUCAUCAAGAACCUGUUCGAGCCGGAGCUGUUCGAUCGCGAGGUCCAUCUGCUGCUCGAGUACCAGAACGAUCUGCGCGAGGAGUGCGGCAAGUGUGGCACCGUGCGCCGCGUGCUGCUGUACGACCGGCACCCGGAAGGGGUGGCCCAGGUGACGAUGGGCGACCCGGAGGAAGCGGACCUGGUGGUGCAGAUGAUGAAUGGGCGCUUCUUCGGGCAGCGAAAGCUGACGGCAGCGAUCUGGGACGGGCGGACAAAGUACCGAAUUGCCGAAACUGAUGCCGACAUUGACAAGCGGCGUGGCAACUGGGAACAGUACCUCGAAACGGAGGAAUCUGCUGCCGAGAAGGGGAAGGACACAGGCGACACUUCGCCGCCUUCCAGUGGAGAAGGAACCACCGAAACUGUCCCAGCGGGUGGCACAGAAUCAGAAACACCGGAAAUGAAGUCCUGCGACGACCAGGAAGAGCAACUUCCGGGCGUGAAAGUUGCCGAUACAGAGAAGGAAGCCGAGAAGGACGAUGAUGAAAGUGAAGAGGAUGAAGAUGUGAAGCAGAAGGAAGGAGAGGCUGACGAGGAGGAGGAACCAGAGGAUUAGCCAUCCAGUUUAGAUGUGGCGAUCGAUUGUAAUUGAUUUAGAGAACGUUGAAUUCGUCGACCCAACUCGGAUUUCGAGAAAAUAAAACGGAUCUCGAAUUGUAAAGCGGA